AUGAGCGAGAUGCAGCCGCAGCAGUCCGCAGCUGGGGACGACUUAGCCAAGCAGUUUAGAAAAGCCGUGGUUUCCGGCGGUCCUUUGAAAGGGGCCCAGUUCUUUGACGUGGGUUGGGAAGACUUGAAGAAAGCAGCAAAGUCUUACCGAAGUGACGCAAGGUUCAACCAGUUUGCCAAACGCAGAGUCUCAGAGCGAGCUUUGGGUCCGGGGGUUUCAACCGUCCCCGAGCCCACUAAGUAUCAACGUUGGUUGCUGAGACUGAAGAGCUGGCGUACAUGGCUGUUCACUUUCAUGCGAGCUCGCAUAGUGUUGUCAAUCGGGUUAAUAGCUUUGCUGCUGAUCCUUUUGUCCAGGCCACUGUUUUAUUUGGUCCUGGCCAAAGGCCUGGCCCUAGGUAUACGCUUGGCACUGCGCAGAUCAGUGGGGUUAGUUGCCAUCAUACUUGAUGCCAUCCUGGACGAAGUAGCAGUUAACCUCGAAACCACACUGAUCGCUCCACCAGCAGCAGGACCAUCUGCUGCGGCAGCUCGACGUUUGAGCCGGUGGGCAGACGAUGGUGAGCGCACCAAGCGGUGGUUGGCAUCGCGGGGUGCCUUGGAAGAGCCACUGUUGGAGGCGAACGGGCAGAUCCUGCGUUUUCGCGACUACCUGCCUCUAGAGAUGGCGGACAAUGUGCUGGCCAUCCUUCAAAGCCUUCCUGAGGAAGCAUGGCAACUGAGCCACCAUCAGAAUGACAAAGGCGCUGCGAGCCAUCGCUUUUGGUCCGCAGAUGUCAUGGACAUCCCUGAGUUGUCUCCUUUGAGGAGUGUUUUCUGGAAGAUGUUGCCCAAGUUGCGUGGAGAGCCCACGUUGCCCAUUUUUUCAUGUGGAAGAUAUGGAGCUUCAGACUUCAUCGGACGCCAUGAUGAUCAAGCGCUGGUGCCAUUCUUUGAUGACACCACCGUCUAUUCGCGAACUGUGGCGGCCAUUUGGUACCUCACAAAGGAAUGGUCCGAGGCAGAGGGCGGUUGCCUCAUAGAUUUGGGGGACCAGGUGAAGGAGAAACAGCUGGUACCCAUCUACAACUCCUUGGUGGUCUUUGAGGUGCCUCACUGGCACGCAGUCUCUGCUGUGACCUCGGACCGCUGGAGGUAUUCCAUCUUUGGAUGGUGGCACCAAAAGGGCGAUCGCGGCGAUCGGCGCUGCGACGUGGAGACGGCAAACCCGGUGGCGGUCUGUACAGAGCUCGACCCGGAGUCCAAAUCGCUGGAGGCCAAAUUCUGCCGCCAGGAAUUUCAUAUCAUGAGCUGGACGGUUGCGAUCAACCACGCAACCGUGACCACCCCAAUCCUUUAUGCUUCCUCAGUGUUGACCAAUGAAAAUGGACAAGCUGGAAAUGCCAUGCUGUAUGGAUCCACCCUGAUCUGCAGCCUCUUCUUCUCUACACUCAUCUUUGGUGUGGUGGGCCCUAAGAAAGGCCUUACGCUCUCCAUGGGACUCUACAGCGUCUACGUUCUCCUCUUCGCCGUGGCCGCCCAGCUUUGCGACCGGCGCAACGAAAGCAACGGCGCCUGCGUUGUUGGCAACACCUAUCAGCUGCCCGUGCCACGGCCUUUACCCUUCGAGGCCCUUGGAAUGGUUGAGGCGGAGGAAUGCAUCGAGUUGUUGGAGAACGGUGAGAAGUCCGAGGACUCGGAGAGCAGCGAGGAAGGUUGGGCUGACUGGUUCUGGUCGCUCCUGCAGUUCUUGCUGGACCUAGCAGCCUCGGUGCCCUUAUGGUAUGCGAUGUUUUCAGAGUUCCCGGAUCGAGUGGUCUAUGGCUUUCUGGCCAUUUUGGGGCUGCUGAUGAUCCUGUGGAGGAUCUACCGGGCCUACUGCGAAGAAAAAACCAAGCUGGGACAAAGUAUCCCGUACACCUGCGCCCACGCGCAUGCGGAUGGCCGUGACCUCUUCUUAGUGGCUACUGUCCACAUCUCCCCGCGCGCGCCUAAGCUUCGCCUCUUGCGCACUCAACCGAACUGCUUCGAAGAGCGCCUGAAUCGGAUGCGCCAAGUGCCCACGGUUCAGCAGAUGACCCCAGAGCAACUACAACAGGCGGUCGCGGCGAUCCUGCAGGCCGUCACCUUUCGCGCACCCGCAGAGGGGACCUCGCCGGCGGUGGAGAUUUCGACCUACGCACAGCGGGCAGUUUGGAACACGCAAGCGGCCAACGAACAGAUGUGCGGCGAGGUCGUCUUCAGCCCGGAGGACGAGUACGGCCAGGCCCUGGAGGCCUUCGACGGCUUCGACGGCGAAACCGACGGCGGAAGCGAGGACUUCAUGGCGCUGAUUCGGAAGCCGCCCAAAGAGAUGUUGGAACAGCAGCUGGCGCCCUUCACCACCAAAGCGUACCAGGCGGCCAAAUCAGGUGCAUCUGCCCUACUUGUGGUGAACUGGGAGGAAAAUCUGCCAGCGCACAAGAUCGGCAUGACCCGGGUCUGGGAUGAGAUACGCUAUGCGUGUACCACUGGCAAUUGUGCUUUGCCCAGCGUUCCGCUGUUGCUGCUACGUCAAGAGUGCGGAGAGCAGUUGAUCCGCUUGCGCCAGAGCGGGCGCAGGGUAACGGCGCAGUUCACGGUGAAGGAGGAUGGGGUGCGACCACGGUCACUGCCAAAGAAGCUGUGCCAGGAGUGCGCCUUGAUCUUCUCUGGCAUUGGAAUUUUGUACGGCAUCAUCCAGUGCUUCAGCGUGCGCGUGGGGGCCGAAUUCCUGGCCGCCGACUCGGCGGCGCGGGAUUUGGGGAUCCGCUGUGUCUGCAUCGACGUGGACCUGGACCGCUUCUGGAGCAAACUGGGCUGGGCCGUGCUGCCGAGCCCCUGCAAUCUGCUGAAUUCCUUGAUCUCUUGGAUCGCCUUUCCGCGCAUCCUUUUCCAGUUUCUCUUCCCACCCUUUGGCCGCGUGGACGCUUUGGGUAGCACCUUGCUGCAUCUCGGCAGCUUCUCCUUCCGCGUCUGGAUCUCCUUUUUGCUGGCGGGGCUUUGUGCCAGCCUGGUGACCAGCAGCAUCCUGCGACUCUUCAGCAGUGGGGUGGAGGUCACCGCCGAGAGCGCCGGGGUGGUGGAGGAGGAAGAUCGAAGUCUGGCGCAGACCUACAUCAUCUUGGCCAUUGAGAUGUACAUGUUGCCACAAAUCUAUGAUGCAGUGGCAGCUUCCAGAGACGAAUCCAUGUACCAAAGCAUGGUCAAAAAGUGCAAGGACUUUGCCGCUGAACGGCUGGUGGUGGUGGUGGGUGCUGGACAUGCCAAUGGCAUCCUUCAACGUGCCCUUAUUGGUGGCAUUGGUGCUGGGGUCCUCUGGACUUGCCAAGGGGCCUUCUUUACCAACUGCUGUCAGCGCGUGGCUCAGGCAGAACAUCGCUGUACCUCCCAGAUCACAGCGGAGUUGGCAGGCACCUUUGCCUUAAUCUUCUUGGCCGCAGAGGCAGUGGUCCGGGCCUCCGCGACCAUUCUGACCAAAAAUGCGCACUUGGAGUACCCCAUCGUCUUCCACAUCUUCGGGGCUGUGGCGCUGGUUUCCACCCUGGCCUUCCAGAUCAUGGCCAGCUCCGCGGGGGCCUGUAGCAAGGCAUUCAGCGCAGUGAGGCAAUGGAAGGAUCCCAAGACGUGGUUUCUGCAAUGUACCAACCUGACCUUUGGCUUCGCCGCGGCCUGGCUGGGCGGCUACGUGGGGCGCAACAUUCUCACGGAGACGCUGAGCAGCGAAUUCAUCGGCUUCGCAGGAGAGUUCUUACUUCAUCUCAGACUUGAAACAAGUCAGCUUACCAGGCUCUUCAAUAAGGAUCGCAUCCCUCGCGAUGAAGCGUUGCGCAGGAUUUUGGAUGGAUUGCAAGGUUUUCCCAAGUCGCCCUUGCUGUCGUUGCAACUGUGGGAACCUGGAACCUUUCGGGAUCUCUAUCCCUUGGUCCUGGCAGUGCUCAAGAACUGCAGCAACUUGCAGACCUUGCACUUGCAUGACAUUAGCGUCUGCCCGAUUCGAGGUCCUUCUGCGGCUGGCCAAUUUCAUGCAGAGCAAGCUUCGCAACUGAUGAGGCUGCUGGAUUUUGAGGGUUCCACACCUGGUCCCGGGAGAUAUUUGAAGCAGCUCAACAUCACAGCAGGCACAUGGUCCUGGGAGGCCUUGUGUAUGUUGUUUGAAGGCCUUUCCAAGGGUUCGCUGAAGCGUCUGAGUCUUCGAGGUCAACUCAGCGAUGCCAAAGGGUCGCACGAGUCAAUUGGACCCAAAAAGGAAAGAGGCCUGGCUGUCUUGAAGAUCUGCGAAUUUUCAUGGACGGGUUCCAACAUCUAUGAUGCCAGUUAUUUGGAACGCCUCAUCUUAGCCUUGCCGCAGGCAGAGUCUCGCUACACGCAGGAAUGCAGCGGUGGCUGGCGAGGGCCGUAUGACCAUGAGGUGCUUGCGUUCGAGCAACUUAGUGGACUGGGGCGCAUCAAAGUGAGGAAAGAUCAAGGUUUCAUCGACCUGCAGCCUGGUGUGCUGGAUCCCAUUGCGCUUGUGGAUCGCUCCUGCACAGAAGCAUCCUGCUGUGGAUGGCAGAUGAUGCAGAUGGCAGAGCUGGUGAAAAGUGUGCUACAUGGGUGACCCAAAUAACAGUGUGAAGCUUCAUCAUGUCGAUCAUCACGUUUGGGUUUGCCCACUAUAGGUAACCAGUAACCAGCCUGGCAGUGGACACUCCCAAGCAUUUUGAUUUUGAGAUGGCUUUCAAGACUGGAAAACGCGUUGAAACCCACCUCCAUGUUACUGAGAGGGUAGAGUCAGCUACAGCCAGC